CAAACCGUGCUGACCGUCUUUGAUUCUUGAGGCAUGCUCUUGCACGUUCAUAGAAUCCACAAGUACCUGUGUAUUCCCAAACUCCCUCUAGCCUUGCCUUGAAUUGAUGAUGUCGAGCCCAGAGCCCACGACGGAGCCAACCGAACGUACCCCACUGCUCUCGACGAGUUUAGAUGGGGCAGCGGAUGAAGGGACCACUUCAUCGAUCACGAAGCCUAAUGAUGGCCUGAGAAGGGUCGCCGAUUCGCUUCCACUGUCGGUCUGGCUAAUUGCGGUCAUUGAGCUAUGCGAAAGAUUCGCUUUUUUUGGCAUUCUUGGGCCUAUGCAAAAUUACAUCCAAAACCCCAGGGAUGAUCCUUUGCGCCCUGGUGGAAUCGGGCUUGGUCAAGCGUAUGCUACAAUGAUAAACCAGGGGUACCUGCUGUGGUGCUAUAUUACGCCAAUAGUUGGUGCUGUCGUGGCAGAGCAAUACCUUGGGAGAGUAAAAACUAUUCUCCAUUCUUCGGAAAUAUACAUUUUCGGACUGAUAGCUCUAUUCUUCUCCUCAUUGCCAGCUGCACACGACCUAGGAGUGGCACUGUUGGGGUUAAUUAUGGCCUUGUUUUUAAUCGGCAUGGGUACCGGUGGUAUCAAGGCAAAUGUUAGCUCUCUACUCGCAGAACAAUAUACUGGUCCCAAGGAAUCCACACACGUCUUAAAGUCGGGCGAAGAAGUCAUUGUUGACAGGGAUCUGACUGUUCAGAGGAUAUUCACAACAUUCUUCAUAUUGAUCAAUGUAGGAUCUUUUGCUCCUCUACUCACAACCACAAUUGAGCAGAAGUACGGCUUUUCCGCCGCAUUCGCUUUGCCAAUUAUAGUCUUCCUCAUUGGAUUCAUGAUUAUCCUAACCAGCAAAGACCGAUACAUCAGCCAGGACCCAGACAGCUCCAUUGUCUUCAACGCGUGUCGGGUAUUCUGGCUUGGCAUCAAGCAUAAAGGCGAUCUCGACUAUGCAAGGCCCAGCUUCCGAGCAGAAGAGGAAUCGACUCCUAUACUUCCUUGGAACGACACCUUCGUUGAUGAUCUAAGGGCAGCCAUCUCUUCCUGCAAAGUCUUCCUCCUAUACCCAAUCUAUUGGGCUGCCUAUUCGCAGUUUUUAACUAAUUUCGUUUCCCAAGCCGCGACAAUGGAGACGCACGGAAUACCCAAUGACAUAAUGCCUAAUAUAGACUCUCUAACGGUCUUGAUUCUUCUACCUCUCGUGGACCGCGUAAUAUUCCCCUUUCUACGAAGCCGUGGAAUUCCCGUUCGUCAUGUCGAUAGAAUCGUCGUGGGGUUCAUACUUAUAGGCGUGUCUAUGCUCUACGUCACCUUCGUCCAAAAAGCCAUCUACGCUGCCCCUCCUUGCUACGACCAUCCACGAGCACGGGAGUGUAUGGGUGGGAAGGUUCCCAAUCAGGUUUCUAUAUUUCUUCAAGUCCCUGCGUACGUACUGGUCGCUCUAUCGGAAAUACUUGCCUCCGUGGCUGGUAUCGAGUACGCCUAUACGCAAGCUCCCAAGUCGAUGAAGUCGUUGAUCAUGGCUAUAUACCUGUCAACUACAUCUGUCGGAGCUUUGAUAGCGAUGACAGUUUCUCCACUGACGGUGGAUCCCAAGCUACCGUGGUUAUAUUCUGUUCUUGGUAUGGAGAAUUUCCUAGCUGCUGCUAUACUUUGGUUUGUCCAAAUAUGAUUACCAUAUCACGGGAAAUUUAUGACUGGUUGGUAGGGCUUCUUAGGGCAGAGCAGGCCAAUAUGUUAUAGAGCAUACUGAAGAUCUUGUAUGAUGGUUUCGAGAACUUUUGCGAUUUGCUUUAGAUGGUGGAUUUCCUUAUUUCCUUUUUGUUGCCUCACUAUUGAACUAUUGACUUAGAUUUCUAUACAGCAGGCGGUGUUUGAGCUGCAUUCCAGUGCUAUCAUGUUACACAGCAUAUAGACAGACGAUCUAUCAGUAUAUUGCUUUAUUCAUG